AUGUCUUACUCAGAUAUUGUAAAAUCAACUAAUGGCUUCUUUGAAGAAAACCUGAUUGGCUCUGAUAGUUUUGGUUCUGUAUAUAAGGGAUAUAUUGCUAACGAUGGAACAAUUGUUGCAAUUAAGGUAUUAAACCUUCAACAGCCAGGAGCUUCUAAGAGUUUUAUUGAUGAAUGCAAUGCUUUGAGAAGUGUACAACAUCGUAACCUCCCAAGGAUUAUGACUGCUUGCUCCAGUAUUGAUCAUCAAGGAAAUGACUUCAAGUGUCUUGUAUUUGAUUUUAUGUCCAAUGGAAGCCUAUAUCAAUGGCUGCAUCGUGGAGCUAAUGAUUAGUAUCAGAAUAAGAAGUUAAGCCUUAUUCAGAGACUGAAUAUAGCCAUUGAUGUCGCUUCUGCUUUGGACUGUCUUCAUUACCAAUGUCAAAUACCAAGUGUUCAUUGCGAUCUAAAACCAAGCAAUGUACUCCUUGAUGAAAACGUGACUGCACAUGUUGGUGACUUAGGAUUGGCAAAGUUCUUAGUUGAUUUAUCAAAUAAUCCCUCCAGAUAUCAAACCAUAUCGAACCAGGUAAGGCGUUCAAUCGGGUACAUUCCUCCUGAGUAUGGCAUAGGUGGUCAAGCUUCGAUAUAUGGAGAUAUUUACUGCUAUGGGUUACUAUUACUGGAGAUGUUUACAGGUAAAAGUCCAACAGAUGACAUGUUUAAAGACGAUCAGAGCCUUCACGAUUUAAUUGAAGUAGCCUUACCUGAACAUGUCAUGGAUGUUGUUGACCUAUCAAUGCUUUCCGAGGAAGAGAACGGGAAGAAGAGAGUGAGUUAUUCACGAGGAGGAAACCCCAAGUGA